CAGCAUCACUGCGAGGGACAUGGCGAAGUGCGUGCAGUACAUGCAGUUCAUAUGACCAGGUUUUUCCUUGACUUUCGCCGUAUCCGUUCGCUUCGUAUCUCUCGUUUAUCUGCUUCUCCACCGAAGACUUCGAGCAAUGGAGAGCAGAGGGAGCACGAAGGGAACCCAGACAGAAGGUGGGUCUGUGGAGGGUGGGAGUCAACAUCCAGGAGGAGAGGAAAUCCAUUAUUUUUCCAGAUCUCCAGGAACAAUAGGGGUCCUUGCUGAUGCUAGUCGGAGGAUAGAGGAGAUCGCCAAUGGAAACAGGUCUCAGCAACUCUAUCCACGUCUUCCUGUUCUUGUGCGUUCACCCAGUUACCCAGACUUUGGUCUGCAAGAUAUUAUCACCGGGAUCCCUAAGCCAGGGCAUGUCUCCCCUGUCCGAAGAUUUUUUGCUCUCUUUGUCAUCUUUGAUCUCCUUUUUUGCACCAUCAUGUGGCUCAUCUGCAUCAUGAUCACAGGUGCAAAAAUCCAAGAAGGCCUGAAGAAAGAGGUCUACAACUACUCCAUUAAGACUUCCCUCUUUGACUUGGUUAUGAGUAGUUCAAGUCGGUUUGUGAUCCUCAUUCUUUUCUACGUCCUAAUCUGCCUGGAGCACUGGUGGCCUGUUGCUAUGAGUAGUUCAAGUCGGUUUGUGAUCCUCAUUCUUUUCUACGUCCUAAUCUGCCUGGAGCACUGGUGGCCUGUUGCUACAGGAUCAGACCUCAAAGGGAUUGGAAAAGCAGAUAAAGAAACAAUGGAUUACAUUUUCCUCUUGAUAUGGGUGCUGUCAGAUGAUCUCUUGCACUAA